AAAUUCACCAGCGCAUGCAUAGACUGACUUACGGAACAUAUCAAUAAAUAUUAUUAGAAUUUAAAAGAAAUUCCAUUAGAAAUUAAAAAGAUAAAACAAUUUAUAUCGCUAAGUUUUGUGCUUAACAAUGGCAUACCUCUUUCUCAAUCUAGGCAAAAUGUGAAAUGGAUAAAACGUGUCAAGGUCAAGGUCAAUGCAUGACGGAUUGCAACGAGCCAGAUGUUGUCAAAUGUGAUUGCUAUGAAAACUAUUACGGCAAAAAUUGUGAGAAAUUUUAAGACUACGAUCUGAAUUUUCCCAACACCUCUGCAUACACACCGAUCGAUGUGGGAUACAUUGACAAAAGCCUAAAUGAGUUUACCAUAACAGUCUGGGUGCUAUUUAACGUUGGCUAUGAAAGUUAUCCCCUGAUUUCGUACAAGACAAAAAAUUCGUCACAAAACAUCGCGAUGCAUUUCGACCUGGAUGGAAAUGGUGCAUCAACAAUAGCAAACUUAACUGCUAAGGCAUUUAACAAAUCUGUGAGCAUGGUGACCAUACCCAUAAAUGACGACCAUUGGCAUCACGUUGGCUUUACAUGGUCAGGUGUAACCGGAAGUAUAAUGCUGCUUAUCGAUGGUGUGUUGUGGGCAACUCGAAAUGUCUCUAUGAGCAGUGAGAUACCAUCCGGGGGGAAGUUAACAAUAGGAGAAAACAAAGAUGAAGGUGGAAACCAAUAUCUGGUCGGUAAGAUCAGUCGUAUGAACAUGUGGAGUAGAGCUUUAGAUGGAAAGGAGAUUGAAAUGAUGGCAAAAAGUCCUGGGAUGAAUGACGGUGAUUUGAUCACGUGGUAUAAACUAAAGUACAUUGUGUCGACUGAAAGGAUCAUUCGUCCUUCAAAAGCAUCAUUCUCAGGUAAUGAGACAAAGUAUUAUAUAAGUGUGCCGUCUACAUUGGUCCGCUAUCCUGGACCACCACAGCCCAUGAAUUUUAUAUCUGCCUGUGUUUGGUAUUACGGAAGUGGGAGCGAGAACCAUGAAAUCUUUUCAUACAACUCAUCAAAGGAAUUUAGGUUUCAGUUAAAGUCAGGAACACAACUGUUCACAAAAAUCAAUGGUGUUUCGAGUCAGAAGUAA